UCAUGGCUGGUGAAAACAUAAAAAGAUUUGCUAACAGUGGCUAAAACUCCCAACUGGGUUCCUUCCAAAAGGCAUAGAAUCUGGGUUGUGUCUAAACAUCUUCGUAUCAGAAAAUGAAUGGUAGUAGCAGCAGCUGCAAAGUGUUAAACACGCUAAAGCUAAAGAACCCGAAACUUCUGUUACUAGAAUCCUGCAAGAACUUCUCUCAGCUGAAAAUCAUCCAUGGUCAUAUGAUAAGAACCCAUAUCAUCUUUGACAUCUUCGCCGUUAGUCGUCUCAUUUCCCUUUGUACAGACCCUUCUUUUGGAACAACCUUAUUAGAUUACGCUUACAAGGUUUUUUCCCAAGUUGAAACUCCCAAUCUUUUCAUUUAUAAUGCUUUGAUUAAAGGGUUUUCAGCUAGCCCAAACCCAAAUAAGGCCUUCCAUUUUUACUCCCAAUUAUUACGUGCAAACAUUCUUCCUGAUAAUCUCAGCUUCCCAUUUUUAGUCAGGGCAUGUGCUCAGUUAGAGUCCCUUGAUAUGGGAAUUCAAGCCCAUGGACAAAUAAUAAAACAUGGCUUUGAAAACAAUGUUUACGUACAGAAUUCUUUACUUCACAUGUAUUCUACAUGUGGGGUUAUAAAGGCAGCAAAUGCAAUAUUUCAAAGAAUGUCUUGUUUAAAUGUGGUUUCUUGGACUUCAAUGAUAGCUGGAUUUAAUAAAGUUGGGGAUGUUAAAAUGGCCCGUAAAUUGUUUGAUAAAAUGCCGGAGAAGAACUUGGUUACUUGGAGUAUAAUGAUUAGUGGAUAUGCCAAGAACAAUAAUUUUGAUAAAGCUGUUGAAUUGUUUCAGGUUCUUCAGGAAGAAGGGGUUAAAGCUAAUGAGACAGUUAUGGUUAGUGUGAUUUCUUCUUGUUCUCAUUUAGGUGCUAUUGGAUUAGGUGAAAAAGCUCAUGAGUAUAUAGUUAGGAAUGAUUUGAGUUUGAAUGUGAUUCUUGGGACAGUUUUAGUGGAUAUGUAUGCAAGAUGUGGAAGUAUUGAGAAAGCUAUUCGAGUUUUCCAGGAACUACCAGAAAGAGAUGUUCUCAGUUGGACAGCUCUUAUUGCUGGAUUAGCAAUGCAUGGUUGUGCAGAGAGAGCACUUUUGUUCUUCUCAGAAAUGGUGAAGUCAGGAUUAAAGCCCAGAGAUAUUACGUUUACAGCUGUGUUAUCUGCUUGCAGCCAUGGGGGAUUGGUAGGAAAAGGUCUAGAGUUGUUUGAGAGCAUGAAAAGAGAUUAUGAUAUUGAGCCUAGGUUGGAACAUUAUGGUUGUGUUGUAGAUCUGCUAGGUCGAGCAGGGAAGUUAGCAGAAGCUGAGAAGUUUGUGCUUGAAAUGCCUGUAAAGCCUAAUGCUCCUAUUUGGGGUGCACUGCUUGGAGCUUGCCGGAUUCAUAAAAAUGCAGAAAUUGCAGAAAGAGUAGGAAACAUAUUGAUCCCUCUGCUACCAGAACACAGUGGCUAUUAUGUGCUUCUCUCAAACAUUUAUGCACGCACAAACAGGUGGGGAAAUGUUGAGAGUUUGAGACAGAUGAUGAAGGAAAAAGGAGUUAAAAAGCCACCAGGUUACAGUUUGAUCGAGGUAGAUGGGAAAGUUCAUAACUUUACAAUGGGAGACAAAUCACACCCUGAAAUAGACAUGAUAGAAAGAACAUGGGAGGAGAUUCUUAAGAAGAUAAGAUUGGCAGGUUAUACUGGGAAUAUGUCUGAUGCAUUGUUUGACAUUGAUGAGGAAGAAAAAGAAAGUGCUCUUCACAGACAUAGUGAGAAGCUUGCUAUUGCCUUUGGGAUUAUGAGAACAAAGGCUCCAAUGCCAAUUCGAAUAGUGAAAAACUUACGAGUAUGUGAGGAUUGCCACACAGCUACCAAGCUGAUUUCCAAGGUUUUUAAGCGUGAGUUGAUUGUGAGAGACCGAAACCGGUUCCAUCAUUUCAGAGAAGGUUCUUGUUCUUGCAUGGAUUACUGGUAAGAUCAUAUAAUUGAUGGAGUAUCAUUUGAUAUGAACUAUUUCCCCUCUUCCUUC